AUGGCAAGGUAUAAACCUUCAGAGGUGUCACAGACCCCUCUCGAGUAUGCCACAAGAUUCUGUUCCGGAAGCAGAUUUGAUUCAUUACUGCCUCAAACUGAAGAUACCGGAAUCUCUUGGAACCUGAUCCUUGAGCGGGCCGGGCACGAGGGCAAUGUGGAGGUCGUGAUACUGCUUUUAGAUCAAAAAGAUCUCCAAAUUACCCCCAACAUAAUGCGAGCAAUCGCAAUAUCGGGCGACGAAAAGGUUAUGCAAUUGCUGCUUGGUCGAGAUGAUUCUCGUGAGAUAACAAGUGAGAUCUUUAACGCUGGUGUUUUGAACCAGAACGAGAAGAUUUUGGGUUUGUUGCUUGAUCGGGGUGGUUCCGGUAGGAUAUCGACAGAAGCCAUCAACAGAGCGAUAGAGAACUGCAAUGAAAAGAAUUUGGGCUUGCUGCUGGACAACGGGUACCAGAUGUCGCAGACCCUUGUCAAUAAAGCAGCUGCCGACGGCACCGCGUCAACUUUGCGGCUGCUAUUCGAUCGAGGUGGUGUAAUUACCGGCCCAGUGUUGAGGUGCGCUGCAGGGAACAAUCUUGAAGGAGCAAAGAUGAUGAGCUUGCUCUUAGCCGAGGCCGAAAAUUGGAUGAUCAUGGAAGAAAUGACAGAAAUGAUGAAAAUCGCUGCACAGUCCGCAUUCGAGGCACCGGGUAUCAUGAAGCGGUUGCUAGAACAUGUAGAGGAUCUUCUGAUCACAGAAGACGUUCUCGUGACCGCAGCAAGAAUAGGCCCUAGAGACGAAUUGUUCGAAUUGUUCUUGGGAAGAGAUUGGGAAAUGACAGAGGAAGUGCUGGAGGCAAUGAUGAGCCACCUGGCAUCGGAGAAAACGUUGCAGCUCCUACUGGACCGACUCGAAGGUUUGGAGAUCACAGGGAAAGUUAAAGUUCUGCUGGCAGCGGCUAGCAACCGUUCAUUUGGCGACCAAUUAGUGGGACUGCUAUUGGACAGAGUGAACCUUCUUGACAUUGUGAACCCUCUGCUCGUAGAAGCUGCAGCAAAUGACACAUUCGGCCUAGAGGUGAUUCUGCUGUUACAGCAUCGAGUUGGCAAGGUCGACGUCACUCAGGAGGUUAUGGAGAGAGCUGCUCGGAAAGGACCGAUGUGGACGAUGACCUUCAUUUCAGAUCAUACGUCUGCGCCAAUCACAGAAACCGUUGUAGUGGGGGCAUUGAUGAGCGACCGCCUAGAGAUGGUGCAGUCCUUGCUGGACAGAGCGAUCGACCUCCCUGUCACGAGAACAAUGGUCCACGCGGCAGCUCAACACAGUCGUGCCGAGUGCUUGGCUCUCAUUUGGCAAAGAGCCUGCAGAGCCGAGGUGACUGAAAAUAUCUUCAAAGACUUGGCUCAAACAGCGGCAGAGAAUGUGGUGUGGCCUGGGAAGAAUUUGAGAUCCCUCCUCGAUGUAGUGAAGGGUAUUCUCAUUGGUCCAGAGGCCCUAUUAAGUAUAGUAAGGACAGACUUUGACUCAGUGCCGUUACUCAACUUCUUGACCGAUCGCGGCAUCAAUUCACAAAUUACACACGACGUGCUACAAGCAGCAGCAGGAAUUUCAGGUACCACAGGUCUUUGA